AUGGCUGCCAAGCGCUCAGCGACUAAAAACAAAGCUCCCGAGGUGUGUACCAUCUACUUUAUGCGAGCUACGAAGGGACAAGACGCGUUUCUUCAGCCGUCCCGACGACAAUCGACCCUCCAUGCGCACUUUACGCGAAGGCGGCGGUCCCCUUCACUAGAAAAGGACCCAGAUAUACCUGCACCUAUGGUACAAGAUGCAAUGCACCCUAACCCGGCGUCGCAACCUCCUGUAACUCAAGACUCCGAUUACAAUGAAGACGCCUCAUUGCUUCUUGAGACCAGGAGUGAUAUACACCAUGACGCCGAGUCAUCAGAUGGGGACUUUGCUGAACUCAAUGCUCAGUCGACUACGGCCAGCGAUACUGACAUAUUAGCUCAGUACCCUGCUAGCCCAUUAUCAUCCCUUCCCGUGUCCCCUCAGACAAGCGUGUCGAGCUCUCCGGAAAUCGUGCUAAUGAGCCUUCCUGAACCCCCUCCACUACCACCUCCAGCACGAGUCCAUCCGUUCUUCACUCGCAAAGCCGCCAAAGCCUCUGAAACUCCCCCGGAACUUAUACAUGUAGUAGAUGACGAUGAUGAUGUCGUUCCCGAGAGUUCGGUGCCCCUUCGAGAGUCCUCCAUCGAAAUAACUUGUCCCUCGCCUCCUCCCAACCCAUCGUCUCAAGGUCUCCGCUAUGAAAGCCCGAUUCUUGUAGAUUCGUCACCAAUAAAACCGGCUGGCCCUCCUGGUAGUUUGCCUUCGAAACCUACGCUUCGCGUAACUCCGGCAACCAAAGGAACAUCGCUACCUCUUCAGAAAGUGCACCCCAUGUUUGCCCCUCGCCCCGCCAAUCUACGAGAACCGUCACCACUCGUACCCGACAGGACUGCCCAACGGCCCGCUCCCUUCCCGGAUGCAGACUCACAGCACGUUCGAGGCAGUUUGAGCGGCUUCUCUCCGCGACCUCAUGGUAUUCCGAAGAAAGAUGCAGCAAAAGCACGAUCUCAGUCUCAGUCUCCCUCAUCUCCCUCUGCGCUCAGUAGUCUAAUCAAGGACAUCUCUCAUAUCGAACUGCCGUCUAAGACUCUGCAUAUACAAACCGACUUCGUUCCGGAAGAGCAAGAGGCAUUCUUGGCUUCAAUUCCUAAAGCUCAUGUCCAAACCCAUCCUGCUAUUGGUCGUAUCGUGGCGUCGUUGAAUCAGGACACUGCCUCUUUGCGGCCUGCUGCGCCUUCCUCUUCGCAGGUGCUGUGGUCAGACCGAUGGCGUCCAUCUCAUGCAGACGAAGUCCUAGGAAACGAACAAAGCGCACUCUAUCUUCGGGACUGGCUUUCGGCUUUGCAAUUACAGAUCACUUCUAUCCUACCUUCCACUGCACGAGGUGAUUCCAAACAAGCGAGUGGCCUCAAAUCAACCUCGAAAUCUAAGAAGCCUACAGAGAGAAGAGGAACCAAGAGGCCCAGAGUAAUUCGUGCAGUCGACAAAAAGAAAAGUCGGAAGAAGCGAAGGAUCGAUGAAGAGGAUGAUAAUGACUGGAUAGUAGCAGAUGAUAUACCUGAAGCCGAUCUCUUCCCUGCGGACGAAGAAGACCUUCUGUCUACGCGGCGAAUAUAUCGGCAGGAAAGCGUGCCCAUCGAACAUACGCCACCUUCCUCGCAACCCGUCUACAAAUUUGACAGCCUGUCUAAUACCAUUCUGCUUGCUGGUCCUUCCGGCGUUGGCAAAACGGCAGCCGUCUAUGCAUGUGCGGAAGAACUUGGAUGGGAUGUCUUCGAAGUCUAUCCUGGAAUAGGGAAAAGAGGCGGAACAAACCUAGACAACCUUGUUGGAGAGGUCGGUAAGAGCCACCUUGUGGGGACCUCUAUGCGUCGACAUGCCGAUACGAAUGUGGGUGCCGAGGGGAAAUCACCGAACCUUUUUCUGCGGAAGAAAAGUAGGAAGAUGAAGAGCAUCGAUUCUGAGGAAGAAGACAACUCAACUCCGUUUAAUAACGGCACUCCCUCAAAUGACCUUGGUUUCUUGACGGAUUCGCCGACAGGAGAGACGCUAGGAAGUGGCGAGGCAACUCUGCAGUUCGUCCACCCUGACCCAGACAUAACAGUGUCCUAUCUUCAAGCACUGUGCUGCGCGGAAGGGACAUUAGUGGACCGGGCCUCUCUGGCCCGGCUCUACGAGAGCGAACAUCCCAUCGAUGAUGUCGACAUCCACGAUAGCAAGGUCACCGGCACAACUUCGAUAUUCCCACAUUUCGAUGUUCGUCGCACAAUCAAUUCACUUCAAUUAUGGUUAUCGGGAAGCGGAAAUCCGGCUCGGUCCGCCCAGGGCAUUUACUGCGAUCAGUCAUUGGAGGAUUUGAUGUUUUCUGGGAACGUAGCUGGAGCUUCAGAGGGCGCGGAUAGGCAAAGCCUGCGAGCGCCAUUCCACGCUGAGUUCUUGUCGUAUUUGGACAGUCAUCUGGUCCGCCAUCCAACGGACAGCGUAGAGGCUCUGUGGCAUAAUACGACGGAGCUGUCCCAUGAUGACGAGAUUGGCCACACGGUCCUUGUCAGUCCUUCGCGGCCUUUAAGCGUGCAUGACGGUUUAGGCAUGUAUGAUCGAGACACGCUUAUAGCAGAGGGUGCCAUACGAUGUGCACGUGGGAUGCUGAAGACGAUCGUUGACCAGGGCAUGUUUCGACCGCGUGAGCUGUUCCGAGCUCGCGUGGGGUAUCAUUCACAAGUUGUGGCGGUACUUGAGGGGGUCUUGCCGGAAGCAAUAUUGCAGCGGCCGUGUAUUUUGCACCUAGAGUAUGGGCCCCGGGUGCGUGUGAUGGUUGCCGCUGACGACGCCGAGGAAGCAUUUGUAUUGUCUCAGAGUCGAGGUCGAGUGCACGCCGUCGUGCACAACGACCACGGUCCUUUCAUGACUGAGUUGAGUUCCCUUUCACGGCCGCCGUCGGGCCCGGCGCACCAUGAUCGCGCCAGCAACAAGGAACAGUCCCUCGUCCCCCUGGAACUUUUACAAAACCAGCGAAGGGGUUCAAUUACAGAUCCCUCUCUGCAUGCUGCCAGUCCGCCAAACUUCCGCCAUCAUCAGAACGACCAGCAGCACCACGACCCGCUCCUUUCAAAGUCAGAUUCACGUCCACCACCAUCCUUUGUCUUCGGCGACGCUACGCCCCAUCGACCAGACAGCGAGCAAAUAAGAAAGUUGCUGCACUCCCCGUCGGGCGACUCGAGCGAUAAUCGAGGCAGAGAGGAACAGCAAGGGUCGUAUGCGUCUGCUUCGCGGAGCUUGCCAAGUCCUGCUACAGAAGCAAGUCGGACGAGUAACGACUCAGACAGGAUGAUGGUCGAUGAGAUUAGACAGGGGGGUGAGCAGCAGAUGGGUUCGUCGCGCGACAUCCUGCGAGGUCCACAACACUUCGAUUAUAACAUGAGGAGACAUUCGAUCGCAGUGGGUCAGGACGCACACUCACAAUCGGGCACAAUUGGCACGAAGCGGAAGAUGUCAACCGAUCGAGGUGCGUUCCCUCCAGUUGGCGAAGAGAUUGAUCCUCAGCUGGGAGGGCCUGGAAUACCAAGUAUCAUGGAAAUGGAGGCUGAUGCACCCCAUCCCAAACGACGCAAUUCAGUAAACCCGUUGGCCAUGGCGCAGAUGUCUCUAAACGAUCGCCGAAACUCUACAGAUGCGAGGGCAGGGCCGCCACAGUGGUGGGCAAACGAGAGACGCGAUUCCAACCCUCCCAUGUUGCAAAAUGUUCCUCCGCCCGGAAUGAGUGGCUAUCAUCCGGGCUUUCCCGGGGAUAACCAGCCUCAUGGUAGACCACCAGCCAGCAUUGCUUCAUUCUCGUGGAAUGCCAACCAUCCUACCGAUCAUGUCCCCCCCAUGCCUAUGUCGAAUGACGGAGAAUCAAAUAUAGGUGGUCCCCCUAGACCAGGAGAUUCCAGCAACCCACCUUCACAACUCGCCAUGAUGCCCCCGAUGACCUACAUGCCAGACAGAAGGAUGUCGGUGCCAAACACUCUCACGAACCCUGCCCCAACGACGACUAGAGUCCUUCGCUCACGUUCACGACCCCCAUCACGCAUGCGUGGCUCGGAUGGCGAUUCUCCAAACCAAUCUGCCGCAUCACCCACCCAAGACGCCGAUUUCUCUGCUGCCCAACACUCACCCCAGCCUUCCUCAUCAGGGAAGAAGGAUCAAGGCUCUACACCCUACUCACGCUCGCCUGAGCUCCGAAUAUCGCAUAAACUUGCAGAGAGGAAGAGAAGGAAGGAGAUGAAAGAAUUGUUCGACGAACUUAGAGAUCAGUUACCUGCUGACCGGGGUAUGAAGGCGAGUAAGUGGGAGAUUCUUAGCAAAGCCAUCGACUUUGUUACUCAAUUAAAGCAAAGUCACCAAGACAUGGCACGCGAGAUAGAGAUGUUGAGGCAGGAGUUAGACGCUGUGCGACAAGGUGGCAUGCCGCCGUUCGCACCAGGUGCACCUACACACGUUGUUUAUGCUCAGGGUCCACCCCCGACUUCAUAUCCGCCUCCGAAUCAACAACACCCCCCAUUGCAGCAGCAUGGCUCACAGCCCAUUUCACGCCCGGGGUCAUCACAAAAUGUGUAUAGCUCGCCCUCACAACCUGGGCAGAAUGGCAUCUCUAGACCCGAGGGACCGUCUUGA